CAGCCGCGUUAUUAUUCUCGUCUCCAGCCCCCCACACGCGCUCCCCUCCACCGUCCGCCGCGCGUCCCCACCGGCGGCCACCGCCACCGGCCCACCUCCCCGGCGCCCCUUACCCUUCUUUGGCGCGAUGGUAACUCGCGGCGGCGGUAGCCAGUCCUACGGCUUCCCGAUCUACUGCGCCGCCUGGCUCCCGCUCGCCCACAUCAUCAAGCCCGACCCUCCCGCUGCCGAGGCGGAUGCGGAUGACCCCUCCUCCUCCACCCCCUCGCUUCCGAUGGCUGUCCUCGGGGGCGGUGGCGGGGAGGGCCGGAGCGGGGUGCCGAACAAGCUCGUGGUGGCGGCCCUCGCCACCGGGGAAGAGGCCGCGCCGGCUCUCUCCCCCGAUACGGUGGUCGAGGUGAAUAGUGAGGAGGAGGUGCCGUACAGAAUGGCCGUCCACCCGCGUGGCGAUGGCGUGUUCUGUGCCUUCCCCAACGGCUGCAGGUUGUAUCGAUGGGAAUCACAGGAAGGAGAGGGACCACAGAGGUUGGCUUUGGAGCCGGACCAGGAUGCUUUAGCAGAGCUGAAAGAUGUCGGUUUGCAGUUGGCCGUAUCCUUCAGUGGAGAAGGUUCAAUACUUGCUAUUGGUGGUGAAGAUGGGUAUUUAAGAGUUUUCAACUGGCCUACCAUGGGGUCUGUUCUCACAGAAAUCGAUACUAAAACAUCGAUUAAGGAUCUUACUAUCAGUUCCGACGAGAAGUUUCUUGCUGUGAAUAGGAGCAGUGGCCCAUGUAGAGUGUGGGAUUUGCAGUCAUCUGAAGUUGUAGCCAGUCUGCCAAGAGAAACAGGGGAAAUAUUUGGAUUCUGCAGAUUCUCUAAUAAGGCUGACAACAGUCAUGUCCUAUUUAUAACUGUGAUGGAAGGCGAUUAUGGAAAAAUAGUGUCUUGGAAUACUACCUCAUGGACGAGAACCGGAUCAAAGAAAAUAACUCGUGAGGCAAUUUCAGCUUUUGCUGUGUCACCCAACGGUGCUCUUCUUGCAAUUGGAACAAUAGAAGGAAGCAUCAUCGUAGUUGGCUCAAAAGACAUGCGGACACUUGUAACAGUUAAAAAGGCUCAUCUUGGUAUUGUUACUACGCUGACCUUCUCUCAGGAUUCAAGAACAUUGCUGUCAACUUCCUUCGACUCUUCUGCAAGGGUGACAUCUGUUGGGUCUCCAAAGAGUAAUGGAACAAGCAUAUGGCCCAUGCUACUAGUUGUUAUUCUUGCAAUUUUGGUGUACUACUGUACGCAGCACAAAGAAGACAUUUUGGCAAUGUUGCAGCGUUGAGAUAGAUUUCUGUUCAGCCCCUGACUGGUCUACUCUGCUGGACGUAUUAUUAGUGUUGCUUCAGUGAUUGAAGAAAUUUUGGACUUGGGCCAACUUCAUUAUUCUCUCAAGGACAAACAAUACAGCAAAAGGCACUGAGCCCUGUUAUGUUUUGUAGUAAAAAGGGUAAUGUACUUACUCAUGUUGUCGAAGUUUUUGUAAGUUGAUGGCCGCAAGUGAUAGACAUAUGUGGCAAUGUUUCUUCAUGCUGCACUUGUGAAUUGCAAGAUGUUCGCCCCAAGAGUCCAAUAUAGAGAGUUCAGAAACAAAUUUUUUUGGUGUGCGAAACAAUUUAUUAUGUAUGCGUAAUAAAGCUGUACAAAGAAUAUCUAAAAAUGCAGAUAGCUUCUGGGUGCUUAU